AUGGCAGUACCAAACGCCGACGAUUGUCACGUUGACGAUGAAACAAAUGAGCCUGGAGCAGCACCUUACGGAAAUUUUAUAAACUAUUACACGUUCAACCCUCCGGAGAAUCGUUUGAAUCUCAUACCGAAUACCCUACUUCAGGAUAUGGGGUACAACACUGAGAGCGGCGAUACUAUAUUGGUGCUUGACGUUGGCUGUAACUCGGGGGAUUUAAGUGUAGCACUGUACAAGCAUCUUCAAGGGAACCACUUCAGUGGCGGUACGGCAGGGAGAGAACUUCACCUCCUGGGGUUCGACCUGGAUGAUGACCUUAUCUUACGAGCAGAGCAAUCUAACCCUUUCCCGAAUAAUAUUUCCUUCAUUCCUCUUGACAUUACCCAAGAUGUGAAAUGUCGGACGCAGCUAGAGAGUUAUCUGGCUAGGUUUGGGCGAUCUCGCUUUCACCUGUGUGUGUGUCUGGCGGUCACCAUGUGGGUCCACCUAAACCAUGGUGACGCGGCCCUGUUGGAAGUACUCUUUCGCCUGGCCUCGAUCUGCGAUCACCUGCUGCUGGAGGCUCAGCCCUGGAAAUGUUACCGCUCAGCUGCCCGUCGUUUGCGCAAAUUGGGCCGCAACGACUUUGAUCAUUUCAGGACACUGGAGAUUCGCGGGGACAUGGCAGAACAUGCCAGAGAGCAUCUAGAGAAGCGCUGUGGCAUGGAGCUAGUGCGCAGCUUCGGUAACACGACCUGGGACCGUAGGCUGCUGCUCUUCAGGAGGCGUGAAGGGAGACAAGGAGAGCUGUGAUACGUUUUAACACAAAUUAGACCUAUUACAAUAUGAUUUGUUGCUGCGGACAAAAUACAAGGUGUUUACGUUCUCUUUUGUUCGGAUGCCAAUGGACAUGUUCAUGAAGCCAGAGAAGACGGAGCAGAAUUGAAGUUUAGUUUUAACCACUUGCAUAUGGUUAUUUGUAUUAAUUGUAAUUGAGUAUUGCCCGGUGGUUUCUUUUUUCCUCGAGGCCAUCAGAUUACCGCAAGGAGAUGAUUUUUUAAAGAUAGCAGUCAGUGACAGCAAUCAGUAAUGGAGACAUAUGAAUGUGAUGUUACUUUCUUAACGCAAGGUGGUGGUGGUGUGCAUUGGUAUGUAGUGUUGUGGGAGGGUGAUUUGGGCCAUAUAGCAGGGACCCCUGUUUUUUUCUUAAAAUUAAUUAUAAUAAAACCAGUGAGUGAAAAUCUUUAGAAAUUUAAACUUGCAAAAUGAAUUUCCUGAGUUACUUUGACCCUCAUGCAAGCUAAUAUUAUGCAUGUAAAGUCAAAAAUGUAAAGUCAAUCUCACUUUUCAUCUUGAAAUAUGAGGAACACCCAUUACUAUCCACACCCACCAUAACAUUCAUGAAUCAAGUGGAAUUACCAUGCCUUGAAAA